AUGAGUAAAAUGUCGAAGAAUAAAUUAAACCUGACCCUUCCACCGGGGUCUAUAGACACGGCUCCAGCAGUAACACCUUCUAAUAUGACUCCACAGCUCAAAUCUGCCACAGCUUCGGAACCUUUUUAUAGGAGGCAAGGCUUAGCUGGAAAAUCUAAAACAAGCAUUGAGGCUCUAACAGAAAGGCUAGAACAGAUUGAGAUGGAUGACACACAAAGGAGAAGAAUAGAAGUAUUUCUCUGCCAAAAAGAGAAGAUUGGAGAGCUGAGUGAUGAUGACUUUGAAAAAUUAGGAGAACUUGGACAAGGAAAUGGUGGUGUUGUGAUGAAAGUGCGCCACAAAUCAACAGGUCUCAUAAUGGCCAGAAAGCUUAUACAUCUUGAAGUGAAGCCGGCCAUCAAGAAACAGAUUAUAAGGGAAUUAAAAGUUCUCCAUGAAUGUAACUUUGCACAUAUUGUUGGCUUCUAUGGAGCAUUCUAUAGUGAUGGUGAAAUAUCUAUCUGUAUGGAAUAUAUGGAUGGCGGAUCUUUAGAUUUGAUCUUAAAGAAGGCUGGCAGGAUCCCUGAAUCAAUUCUAGGGACAAUUACGUCAGCAGUUCUCAAAGGACUAAGCUACUUGCGCGAUAAGCAUGCGAUAAUGCACAGAGAUGUGAAACCAUCAAACAUACUGGUGAACAGUAAUGGAGAGAUCAAGAUCUGUGAUUUUGGUGUAUCUGGACAGCUUAUUGAUUCCAUGGCAAACUCGUUUGUUGGUACACGGAGUUAUAUGUCGCCCGAACGUCUUCAAGGCACACAUUAUUCAGUCCAGUCAGAUAUAUGGUCACUGGGGCUGUCUUUGGUUGAGAUGGCCAUAGGAAUGUACCCCAUUCCACCUCCCGACACAAAAACAUUGGCAGCCAUAUUUGGAGGCCAAAACGAAGAUCAUUCUCCAGGCCAGGCACCCAACUCUCCCCGACCUAUGGCUAUAUUCGAGCUCCUAGACUACAUAGUGAAUGAGCCGCCACCCAAGCUGCCCCCCGGCAUCUUCUCUGAUGAGUUCACAGACUUCGUCGAUAGAUGUCUCAAGAAGAAUCCAGAUGAGCGCGCUGAUCUCAAAUCCCUCAUGAAUCAUGGGUGGAUCCGUGCAGCGGACGCGGAGCCCGUGGACAUAGCGGGCUGCAAGAAGUGCAUACUUUCAUCAGCGAAAAAGGGUCAAAACAUUUCCCAAGAGAUAGCGGGCGAGACAAUCAGUGAGGACGCAGGCGCAGAGUAG